ACGCAAUCUGACUGCACCGCGCGAACAUUACAGGAGUUGUGACGCAGGUGUUUUGGGAGAAAAGUUUGUGUAUUGCGGAAGAGGCGACGGAGCUGCAUGACCACACAGACUCGACCCGCAGGGACCUGAGCGAUGCGGACCGGGGAAGGAAGACCAGCUGCUCGUUAUUAUUUCACCUGCCUGCGCUGUUUCUGACCAUCUUCAUAUCUUUUGUUUACAUUUCGUAUGCCGCUGAGAGGAUGAAGGGCUUACUUGGCAUCUGUCUCCUCUCGGCGAUGUUGCAGCUGAGCAACAUGGCGAUUGCUUCACCUGCCACAGUGUCAAACUGCUGCGAAGGGGAUAUUCUCCUUCUGCUGGACUCCUCCGGAAGUGUAUCAAACUACGAGUUAUUUCGCCUGUUGCUCUUUGCCACCGAGCUGCUUCGCCCCUUCUCAUUGGGCCAGGGGCACGUAAGAGUCGGGCUGCUGCAGGUGGGCACCAACCCUCACCUGGAGUUUGGCCUGGAUGUCCACAGCAAUCAGGAAAGUCUGCAGAAGGCUCUGCAGAGCGUCCGCCACCUGCAGGGGGACACCAACACGGUGGCGGCGCUCAGGGUGGCCCAGCGGCGUUUGACAGAGACAGACGAGAAAGUGCCAAAGAUACUCCUGUGGCUGACUGAUGGUGUGCAGCCUGGAGACGUGGACAAGCCCAUGUCUGAGCUGAAGGCUCAGGGAGUUUCUGUUUUAGCCGUUUCUAUAGUUCAUGGCAACUACCAGGUGUUACAACGUGCAGUGACACCUCCACGACAAUCUCACCUCUACUCUGUGGAUAUAGAUACCAUAGAAAUCAUCACCGAGGACCUGAGGGAGGCCAUUAUCAAAAUUAUACGUGCACAGCGUCUGCGUGUGGUGCACUUGACUUCCCACAGUGCUGAGCUGCAGUGGCGUCCUGUCCUGAGCGCCGACAGCGGUCACUAUGAGCUCUGGUACAACUCCAUGGGGAAAACGGACAAUGAAACUAGACGUGUUCUGCCAGCUGACUCUAGCCGGGUAGAGCUGACCAACCUGCAGCCUGACACCACCUACACAGCUGCCCUCCACCCAGAGUCCAACCAGAAUCUGUUUAACACACUUUCGGUUAACUUCACCACACUUCCUGAUGUCGUAAGCCCGGCAGUGGUCUCUGUGUCAGUCUUUGGCCCUCAUCAGAUCCAUGUGAGCUGGGGUCCCCUGCAGCUGACUCGAGUCCAGAGAUAUACAGUGGAGUAUAGAGCUAUUCCAAGUGGAGAAGUCCACACCAUGACACUACACAGCCAGCAGAACUCUACCGUACUGACCGGCCUGGAGCCGGGCACUCAGUACCUGGUCACAGUCAGCGCUCUGCAUGUGAAUGGAAGAGAAAGAGCUCUGACUGUAAGGGCAUGCACUCAAGAGGCAUCUCUGCCUGCCCUGGCCGACCUUCAGUUGACCCUGGUGGAGUAUCAGGAGAUUCAGGUAGCGUGGCAGGCCGAUCAGGAAGGUUUGAAAGGCUACUGGCUGAGCUGGGAGACCGAAAACCCCCGCAGCGUAAAGCCUUCCAUGUCCUCCGUCUACCUGCCUCCGACCUCGCGUUCAACACGUCUCACACACCUUGCACCAAGCAGUCGAGUGUGUGUGUCCCCGGUCUACAGCUCGGGUCGGGGAGACGGGUUGUGCUGCACUGCAGAGAGGCACGCAGAUUCCAGCCAGUGGGGUUAACGACCACAGUCUGCAGCAAUCAGGCAGCUGGAGGAAACAAGUUGAUGAAAUCGAGCAUUUUGAUUGCUGGGAUGAUCAAGAUUACUUGUGCAGGACUGAAUAGUAUUAUGAGCUUCAUUAUUUUUGUUAUAUAGUUAAAAUGCUCAUCAUGGGUUAUGUGAUAACAGAUUUAUCACAUAACCCUAAAAGCUUGAUCACAAAACCCCAGCUCUCCAUUCUCACAAUGGCUGAGACCAAU